AUGGGAGGAGACAACGAGCUGUCUCACCUGAAAUCCUCUCUUCUGCUCGAAUCAUCAGCCUGCAACGACCUCUCCGGCUUCAAGUCUCUAGUCGAAGAAGAAGGUCUCGAGAGCAUCGACCGCUCCGGUUUAUGGUACGGACGUAAAAUCGGAACAAAGGAGAUGGGUUUCGAAGAGAGAACGCCUCUAAUGAUCGCCGCCUUGUUCGGAAGCAAAGACAUCGUCGAUUACAUCAUCACCACCGGUCUCGUAGACGUAAACCGCUCCUGCGGCUCAGACGGCGCCACGGCGCUCCACUGCGCCGUCUCCGGCUUGUCUUCCAACAGCCUCGAGGUCGUUACGCUUCUCCUCAACGCCUCCGCUGAUCCGGACUCUCGCGACGCGUAUGGUAACAAGCCUGUAGAUAUGAUCUUCCCCUGUUUGAGCCCUGUUUUCACCGCCAGGAAGAAAGUUGUGGAGCGUUUGUUAAAAGGAAGUAAUGAAGAAGAAGAAGAAGAAGAAGAGAGAGAGGUUGAUGUUUCGGUUUCGGUUUCGACUCCGAGGAAGGAGUAUCCGGUUGAUCCGACGCUACCGGAUAUCAAGAACGGAAUCUACGGGACGGACGAGUUCCGGAUGUACGCGUUCAAGAUCAAGCCGUGCUCUCGAGCGUACUCGCACGACUGGACGGAGUGUCCGUUUGUUCAUCCGGGAGAGAACGCGAGGAGGCGUGACCCGAGGAAGUACCAUUACAGCUGCGUUCCCUGCCCGGAGUUUCGGAAAGGUUCUUGCUCAAGAGGAGAUAACUGCGAGUACGCUCACGGGAUCUUCGAGUGCUGGCUCCACCCUGCUCAGUACCGGACUCGUCUCUGCAAAGACGAGAUUAAUUGCUCGAGGAGAGUCUGUUUCUUCGCUCACAGACCGGAAGAGCUUCGUCCGUUGUAUCCUUCGACUGGCUCCGGCGUGCCUUCUCCGAGAUCUUCGUUUUCGUCUUGUAAUUCCUCUGUUUUCGACAUGGGACCGAUUAGUCCGCUUCCUCCGUUGAGUCCUAACGGUAACGGCUUAUCAACCGCCACGCCUCCGUUGAGUCCUAACGGUGGAGGGAAGAACUGGAUGAACUGGAAUAGCGUUACACCUCCGGCGUUGCAGCUUCCAAGGAGCAGGUUGAAAUCCGCGUUGAACGCGAGAGAGAGUCUUUCUUCUUCUUCUCCGAAUAGAUGGAACAACGUCACGCCUGCUUCACCUCCGUUCUCUGGAAUGUCUCCGGUGAAUAGCCUCACCGAUAUGUUCGGGGGAGAUGAUAAUUUGCGGAUCCGGAGGAGCGUUCAGCUGCAUUCCAACAGUCUCUCUUCAUCGCCUGUGGGAGCGAAUUCUCUGUUUUCCAUGGAUUCCUCCACUGUCUUGGCUGCGUUUGCUAAUCAGCGAAGCCAGAGCUUCGGAGAACGGAGCAACGAGGUGAAUCACCAUUCCGUGAGUAGUACUACAACUUGUCUAAACGAUUGGGGAUCUUUAGACGGGAAGCUUGACUGGAGCGUCCAUGGAGAUGAGCUGCAGAAGCUAAGGGACUCAACUUCUUUCCGUCGCAUGGAAUCGAGAAUGACUGUGGAGGGGAAUGAGGUCGAGGAACCGGAUGUUUCUUGGGUGGAGCCGCUGGUGAAAGAGCCACAGGAGACGAGAGUAGCUCCGAUUUGGAUGGAGCAAUCUUACAUGGAAACAGAGCAGACCGUUGCUUGA